UUCACUCCCUCUUCAUCGCUUUCACUUCAAAAUAUCUCUCUAUUUUCUCGAGGUACAAACACUCUUUCAAUUUCCAAUCCAGGACAUGGCUCGCACGAAGCAAACUGCUAGAAAGUCCACCGGAGGCAAGGCGCCACGUAAGCAGCUAGCCACCAAGGCGGCUCGCAAAUCAGCUCCGGCGACGGGGGGAGUCAAGAAGCCUCACCGUUUCAGGCCAGGAACUGUAGCCUUGAGAGAGAUCAGAAAGUACCAGAAGAGCACGGAGCUUCUUAUCCGCAAGCUUCCAUUCCAGAGGCUGGUGAGAGAAAUCGCUCAGGAUUUCAAGACCGAUUUAAGGUUCCAAAGCAGCGCCGUCGCGGCUCUUCAAGAAGCUGCUGAGGCUUAUCUCGUCGGUCUUUUUGAGGACACCAAUCUCUGUGCAAUUCAUGCCAAGAGAGUCACAAUCAUGCCUAAAGAUAUUCAGCUUGCUAGGAGAAUUAGAGGCGAGAGAGCUUAGAAUAAUUGAUUUUUUUGCUUGGGUGAAGUAUUAUGUGCUAGUUUUAGUAUUAGUAAUUUUGUUUUGUGUAAAACUAAGUACUGUUUUAGGUUAGUGCUUUUCUUGAUCUAUAUCUGCCGUUUAUUUGAAAUCGUGUAAAUUUCUGCUCUGUAAUGCUGAAUCUUGAAUUGGUUCAAUUUCAAUUGAAAUGAAAAUGGAUUCUGUUAAA